AUGAAGGCAAGUGUGAUCUCUCCAGCGGCCUCAAUUUGGUGGAAACUCGGAGCACUCUCCGGUGCCACUGGUAUUCUUCUUGGGGCUUUUGGAGCUCAUGGACUUAAAAAACAUGUCAAGGAUCCACACAUGCUCAAGAACUGGGAAACUGCAGCGCACUAUCAGCUCAUUCACUCCGUAGUGCUUUUAGCCGCGCCAAUGUCUCGGCGACCAACACUUGCGGGAGGAUUCAUAGCCGGAGGUACGUUGCUCUUCUCAGGCUCGUUAUAUGUCAUGACGCUUACGGAACAGAAGAAACUCGGCAUGAUCACACCGAUUGGGGGCAUUGCGUUAAUUGCAGGGUGGUUGGCGCUAUUCAUAUAG